AUGCGGGCGAUGCUGUGGGUCGGUGUCUUCCUGCCCCUCGUCAGAGGGCACAGCCUUUUCACCUGUGAGCCCAUCACUGUGCCCCGCUGUACGAAAAUGGCCUACAACAUGACGUUUUUCCCCAACCUGAUGGGCCAUUACGACCAGAACACUGCUGCUCUGAAAAUGGAGCACUUCCUUCCUCUUGCAAAUCUGAAUUGUUCACCAAAUGUUGAAACUUUCCUUUGCAAAGCUUUUGUACCAACCUGCACAGAGCAAAUUCAUGUGGACCCACCUUGUCGUAAAUUUUGUGAAAAAGUAUAUUCUGAUUGCAAAAACUUAAUUGACACUUUUGGGAUCCAGUGGCCUGAGGAACUUAAAUGCGACAGAUUACAGUAUUGUGAUGAGACUUCUCCUGUAACACUUGAUCCACACACACAGUUUCUGGGUCCUCAGAAGAAAACAGAACAAGUCCAAAGAGACAUUGGAAUAUGGUGUCCAAGGCAUCUUAAGACCUCUGGGGGACAAGGCUAUAAGUUCCUGGGAAUUGACCAGUGUGCACCUCCGUGCCCCAACAUGUAUUUUAAAAGCGAUGAGCUGGAGUUCGCAAAAAGCUUUAUCGGAAUAGUUUCAAUCUUUUGUCUGUGUGCAACUCUGUUCACAUUCCUUACCUUUUUAAUUGAUGUUAAAAGAUUCAGAUACCCAGAGAGACCAAUUAUAUAUUACUCAGUCUGUUACAGCAUUGUAUCUCUUAUGUAUUUUAUUGGAUUCUUGCUAGGCAAUAGCACAGCCUGCAAUAAAGCAGACGAGAAGCUAGAAGUUGGUGAGACGGUAGUUCUAGGCUCUCAAAAUAAGGCUUGCACCAUUUUGUUUAUGUUUUUGUAUUUCUUCACCCUGGCCGGCACUGUGUGGUGGGUGAUCCUGACCAUUACUUGGUUCUUGGCUGCCGGAAGAAAAUGGAGCUGUGAAGCCAUCGAGCAAAAAGCAGUGUGGUUUCAUGCCGUGGCCUGGGGAACGCCAGGCUUCCUCACUGUUAUGCUGCUUGCGAUGAAUAAGGUUGAGGGGGACAACAUCAGUGGGGUGUGCUUUGUUGGCCUCUAUGACCUGGAUGCUUCUCGCUACUUUGUCCUCUUGCCGCUGUGCCUCUGUGUGGUUGUCGGGCUGUCUCUCCUCUUAGCCGGAAUCAUCUCCUUAAAUCACGUGCGACAAGUGAUACAGCGUGAUGGCCGCAACCAAGAAAAACUGAAGAAAUUUAUGAUUCGAAUUGGAGUCUUCAGUGGCCUGUAUCUCGGGCCAUUGGUGACCCUCCUUGGAUGUUACGUCUAUGAGCAAGCCAACAGGGUCACCUGGGAGAUCACAUGGGUCUCUGACCACUGUCGUCAGUACCACAUCCCAUGUCCUUACCAGGCAAAAGCAGAAAAUCGACCAGAAUUGGCUUUGUUUAUGAUAAAAUAUCUGAUGACAUUAAUUGUUGGCAUCUCUGCCGUCUUCUGGGUUGGAAGCAAAAAGACAUGCACAGAGUGGGCUGGGUUUUUUAAACGCAAUCGCAAGAGAGAUCCAAUCAGUGAGAGUCGAAGAGUACUACAGGAGUCAUGUGAGUUUUUCUUAAAGCACAACUCUAAAGUUAAACACAAAAAGCACUACAAGCCAAGUUCACAUAAGCUGAAGGUCAUUUCCAAAUCCAUGGGGACCAGCACAGGAACGUCAGCAAAUCAUGGCACUUCUGCAAUAGCGAUUGCUAACCACGAUUACUUAGGACAAGAAACUUUGACAGAAAUUCAAACUUCUCCAGAAACAUCAGUGAAAGAAGUGAGAGAAGACGGAGUGAACACCCCCAAACCCAGAGCACAGGACUGUGGGGGACCUGCCUCCCCAGCGGGAUCCAGCUCUAAACUCUGUGGGGAGCAGGCUGACGGGAAAGGCCGGGCAGGCCACGGGACCGAGAAGAGCAGUGUGUCCGAAAGUGCGCAGAGUGAAGGAAGGGGUGCUCCAAAGACUGGUGUUGCCGAAGCCGGCCCGGUGCAGAGCAACAGCUUGCAGGUCCCCUGUCCUUCAGAACCAAGCAGCCCCAAAGGCUCCACGUCGCUGCUCAGCUGCUCGGCUUCGGGAGCUGGAAAAGAGCAGGGCGCCGGCAGUCACUCGGAUACUUGA